AUGGCAUUACCACCAGAGCAGAUCAAUAUCAAACGUCGUCGGGAAGAGGAGCCCGUGGAGACUCUCUACAUUCAGUCCGCGACACACCAAAGCAAGCGCCGCUUUACCGACUACGUCUUUGAGCGCGUCACACUCAGUCGCGAGGAUGUGGUGACGAAGGACCCGACUCAGCUUCCGCCGGGACAUCCUGCUACACAACGAGCCUUGCGCACUCCUCGAUCCGUGAGCAGCUUGCACAUUCCCAAUCGUCGAGCGGCUGCAGCUGCAGCCGCUGCAGCACAGCCUACAAAUACUAGUGGAAUCCCCGUCGUACGAGCAACUUCGCCAGGAGCUGAGAUUCGUGAAGCUCAACGUCUCGCCGCUGCUCGAAGGGAAGCCGAGGAAAACCGUCAACGUCUAUUGCAAACCCCGCCGCAACCUCAGUCUGGCGCCCAGUCGGUAUCGAGCCAAGCUCCGUCUACACCGUCGGAACAAGGGCACAAUAAAACGGGAGAGACACUUGCUGUACAGGGUCUAUCCAGUCGGACGCAAUCUCUUCGUCGAUUCCAAAUUUCUCGCUCUAGUAGUCCUAGCCUUGGUGCGCCCGGGACUCUCGCAGGUGGAAUUCAGAAAAGACGAGCCGAUGGCGCCGCGCCGGGUGUCGCGGUCCUCGUUGAACAGCUUCGUCGUCAGCCGCAUUCCCGCAAAGCGUCCAUGGUCGCGGGUUUGGUCGACCAGGCUCGUGUGGAAUCCGUCAUCAACGAAGAACCCGACGAUGCCCCCGUGAAGCCGCGAAAACGUCCCGUCGUCAAUCAAGCGGAGAAGAGAUGGCGUGAGGAACGGCAAGUUGCCAUCAAUGCGGCCAAGCAGCAUAUCUCCGAGGUGCUGGAUAAAUCGGCGCGCCAGACAAGUCAUCACACUUGGGAAGAGGAGUCGGAGCACCUGGCGAAAGAUUUCGAGCAAGUCGCGCUGGAGUUGGAACAGGACCGGGCGCGUGAACAUGAUCAUGAGAUGGAGAUUGACGAUCACAGCAUCAACGUGGCAUCGGCGCAGCAGUCACAGGCACGGAAUGUCCCAAUGCCCCUCUCACCUCCCAAGCCAAUGAAGUAUCAGCCUCGGCCACCGAAACAGCCACGUGCGGUACCUCGACACGCACCCUCAGUUUCCAAUGCGGAAGGGGAGGGUGUUGUGGCCGAGACUGCCACUGGCGUGGCUGGCGCCAACUCUGCCGUGGCAGAGGAGAACGAGGAUGACUAUGUCUACGAUGUGUACAUCCGACGACCAUUAUCCGAGAGCGAAAUGCUCACCAACCCUCUGGCCGAGCACGAAUGUGAACAGCAACUUCAACAGAUCGAAGCCGCGAACCGGGGCAUCGGUGUCAUUGUGAUCACUGCCGAGGACGAGGAAUACUGGGAACACUUUGUGGAGGACGAAGAGGAAGAAUGGGAUAGUGAGGACGCAGAUUCCAAUGCCGAAAACAAUCCCGCCAAUGAAUACCCCGACGAAGAACUGACCUCCUCUGACGAAGACGAUGACCCGACGGCUAUUUAUCGCAAAUCUCAUUACCGAGCGGGCUCUGACGACGAAGAGUAUGACAUUGAUGAUUCGGACAGUGAUGGUGGGGCCCGCUUCGGAUCGGGAUCGAAAUAUGGCUUCUCGCAUCGAUAUGCGUAUGCUGGGGAUGGAGAUUCAGACGAGGAUAUGUAA